AUGCGGCCGCGCACAGUGCCAGCGAUGCGCACGCGUGCACCGCCCGCGAAGCACGCUCCGCUCGCCGCGGUUAUUCUGCUCGCCUCGCUGCUCGCGAACGAGCGGCUCGCGAGCGCGGAGACGCUCGCCACCCUCGGAGCGAUCCUACCCCCGUUCCUGAGGACCAAUUUUGAAGAGUUCGUCAAGACUGCAUCAAAUUCGUGUGAAGUUUUACCAUUGGAGCUGCUGUAUUCUCGGCAGUACACCGCUGAACUACCGCUCAUAGAAGUGGUAGAGUUCUCCGCUUCCGGCCGAAGAAAGUUGCGUCUGUCCCGCGCCCACAAAACCAUAGAGUACCGGCCACCAUACCCCUUGGUGCUAUACAUACCGGGGUGGUGGAACACCCCCACUGACGAAUCUUCGGAGGCUCUGGUGAAUGCUCUGCUCAACAAACAUCCAUCAGUCCUCGUUCUCGACACAAGACUAUGCUUCUGCCGAGGCUACAUCGCCUCAGCAUCACGAGUCAAUCCCCUUGCCAACCUCAUUUUCGAAUUCAUCAAGAACCUGAAUAAAAAGGGAGUUCCCCUUUCUUCUAUUCACAUAAUAGGCUUCAGUUUAGGAGCCCACGUGGCUGGAAUCACUGGGAAGUUAGUGCAGAAAAGACUAAGUGGAAAAAUUGGGAGGAUUACUGCAUUAGAUCCAGCUAAGCCUUGUUUUGGUAGAGCGGACUUUAGACUGGGCCGAAGAGAUGCCAAGUUCGUGCAGGUGGUGCAUUCCAGCGCUGGGGUGUUGGGUCUGGAGCAGCCGGUGGGGCACGUGGACAUUUACGUGAACGGGGUGCUGGUGAAGCAGCCAGAGUGUUUGGAUAGAGGGAUAACGAUAGAGUGCGACCACGCGCAGGCCUGGCGGUUAUACGCGGCGUCAGUGAUGGAUGAGGGGGCGCUGACGGGCCGCCAGUGCGGCAGCUGGGACGAGCUCAUGCGGGCCGACUGCCGAGGAAACCUGACUGCACUGGGGUUCAGUUGCAGCGACAACUCCCGGGGCAUGUUCCUGUACAAGUCUGAGACGCAGACGAAACGAAACGAAGUGAAGGUGCAGGCGUUCAACCCCUUCGACUUUCGGACGUGGUGGCAGUAACAGAUUAUUAUUUAUUAAAAUAGAUUUGCCAACAAACAGAUGAGUGAUAGUUGUGAAGGCUGUGAUACUAGAUACAAUUAUUGUAAUAUUUAUGAUUACCUCAUUAUUGUUAAUUGAAUUGUGUGUUCUGUUUUUUUAUUAA